AAACAAACAGAGGAGUUUUCAACCCAUGAAUUUAAAAGUACACAUACUCAAAUCCCAGAUACACGAAGGAACGAACUGAAAAUAAAGAACAAGAGAAGGUUGAGUGUAGCAGCAGAAGAAAUUCAUUGAGUAGCAUAUAACUCAGCCUAAACAUUUAGAUAACCCAUUAGAGAAAUCACUUAUUGUGAAAGGAUUUGUACAUAUAUUAGCACACUAUGUACGAAAGGAAAUUUGAUAUAGAGGAUGGACAACUGCAAGUGAUUUUCUGACCUUCAUUGAAGGCCUAGAUACUGUAAAUAAAGAAUACAGUGAGAAUGUCGAGGAAGAAACCUUGGGAAAUGACAACACUGUGGGUUAGUCCAAAAACCAGAGAAAGUGAAGUGGCUCCAUCUAAAUGGCCAAAAAACUGGGAGAGAAAUGGAAAUGUCAAAACUUGGUCUUCAGCCAAAUGCAAAAACAGAAGAAAUGGAGGAAGAGUUUUUGUAUCAGAUAUAACCCAUAAAAAAUGGAGGCAAAAUUCAUGUGAAAAUCAUGCUUUGUUCAAGAAAUGUUUCGAAAAAAUUGAAGAUAAAGAAUCCACUUCUGAUGCAUUUUGGGAUUUGGCUGAUUUUAAUGGUCAAAAUGCAAACCUUGUGGGGCAAAUGGAAUUGACUGGAGUAAAGAGAAGGUAUCCAGAAAAGAGAAAGCAUGACUUUUUAUCAGCUUGUCACAACAGCAGCAUCUUAACGUCGACAUGGCACCAUCUUGGUGAGUGCUUCAGAGGAUGCAGAUAGAGACCAGCCCCAGCAGUGCGUCCAGUUGGCAGCCGCUCUCCCCACCGCUACGCGCGGAGCACACAGCGGCCGCUGGUGCUGCGGGGUGCGGAGCGCCGCCACUGCCGUGACGUCACACUGCGGCUUUGCACUGCCAAGCUGUCCGUGGAGCGGUGGCUGAGCAGCAGUGUGGGGCCCACCACAGUCUGGUCAUUUUACGACCUUUAUAAUUUAUAAACUUUUGCAGUUUUCUGUGUUUUCCUGUUCGGCCCCGGACCUCGAGUGUCUCCGACGGCUGAUAGCGUCGCCCUGCCAAAUCUCCAGUCCAGCCCCACUUAUAAUUCCUCUGUUUAUUGUGUUUCUCUGGGCUGAAUGCCUUGUUGUUGGAUUGACCAACGAGGUCCCCAAAAUUCACUGUUAUUCGACUGAGGACCACAGUGUAAAAGACACUGGGAGACUUUGAACUCGGUGGAAGUCACAGCGACUGGCUUCUCUGGUGGGGCCUGCGCAUUCCACUCGUUCAGCGUUGCAGAGUCCCGUGCUUUCUGCACUCGUGGGGUCUUCAGGAGGCAGUGUAGUGCUAUGCAAUGAACAAAGAACUUCAUUAAGAUGAUGCCGCCUGUCAUGCAACAGGGAAGAAACAUAUUGAAGAAAAAUAUUUUGAAGGAAAAAAAAGGAUUUUAUAUUUUGAGGCAGUCUCUGCCUUCAUGUAUAAACAGGGACUUAAAUUAAUAACACGUCAACUGUCAACAAUGUUACAAAAACCUUUAAAAACCAAGCAUUAUGUAUCCCAUAAUUAAUUAAACAUAGGAACAAUAACAUUUCGUUGUAUAUAA